AUGCGAUUCAUUAGUUAAUAGACACACAUCACAUUACAUAGAUUAGUUGUUGUAUUAAAUUAAAAAAAAAGUCAAAAUAAACAGCAAUUCAAUUGAAUGAAAGAUGACUUCUGCAUUUUUUACAAACGAUGCGGAAUGUUUUAGUCGUGACACUGAAAAUCAGUUAGCCGUUGAAAGUUUGGACGAAAUAUGGAACGAGCAUCGUUUAAGUGAAUGUGUGAACUGGAUAAAUGAGCAUCAAUUCGAAAAAGUUUGUCUACAAUUUCCAGAUGAAUUGAUUCCAUUCAGCAUUGCAAUCAUUGCACAAUUAAAGAAUAACUCAUCCGCUCAACUGAGCAUCCUCGGAGACACAUCGUAUGGCAGUUGUUGUGUAGAUGAAAUAGCUUCCUCGCAUGUGAGUGCAAAUGCAAUCAUACACUUUGGUCACGCUUGCUUGAGUAAAGUGACACGUUUACCCGUACAUUAUGUGUUUUCAAAUUUCAAACUUGAUGCAGAGAAAUUACGUCAAAGUUUUCACAAUUACUUUGCAAAUGUCAGCGACGAAAUUGUCAUUUUCUACUCAACAGGCCUCUUUUAUCAUUUGGAUGAUAUCAAAUCAGCACUUGCUUCAUACACAAAUAUUUCUUACGCAGAGUUAGCUAUCGACGAACGGCCAGAUAAUUUAUGUUGGAAACUGCCAAAGACUGAUGUAUCAAAUGUUACCUGCGUUUGGAUUGGAGAUGACAAUCAAACAUUUUUCAAUUUGAGUCUGACUGUUAAUGCAAAACAAUGGAUAUUAUGUGAUAGACAUAAUUAUGAAUUGAAAAUCGUUCAGAGUCCAUUGGCAACAAAUUGGAUGCGACGACGUAAUUUCUUUGUGGAAAAAUGCAAAGAUGCUCAAUCAAUUGGAAUUGUUGUGGGCACAUUAACUGCUGAUGGCUAUUUGAAUGCUGUUAAUCGUGUUCAAAAAUUGGCUCGUGAUCGAGGCAUUCGUACGUAUCUACUAUCCGUAGGCAAAAUAAAUCCGGCUAAAUUGGCCAAUUUUAUGGAAAUCGAUUGUUUUGUGUUCGUUGGAUGUCCGGAAAAUAGCAUUUACAAUUCGCGUGAUUUUUAUAAGCCACUUUUAUCUGUGUUUGAAGCAGAGCUUGCACUGAAUUUUGCAUGGCGCGAACAAUAUCCGAAUUUCUAUGCCGUAGAUUUCACUGAUAUUUUACCCGAUGGCAAACACUAUAGAGCAGCUGAAAAACAAUCGAACACCAACGGUGAAAAUGACUAUGAUGUUAGUCUUGUUUCUGGACGCAUAAGACCAAUGAAAAUCACGGACAAUGACGAAACCAAUCAGAACAAUUCCACUGAAAUUGAACGAAAGCACAAUCAAUUGAUGAACACCAAUUCAAGCAGCGCAUUCAACAAUCGAUCAUGGACUGGAUUGGAUCCAAGUUUGGGACAACAUGAACCGGUUAAAGUUACUAAGGGAAGAUCAGGAAUUGCAAUAAAGUAUACUGAAAAUGAACAUGAAUAGAAAAUAGAAAAAAUGGAAACAUUAUAUUAGCUGUUAUUGUUUACUUAUACUCCGCAUACGAACUCGAAAAGCACGAAUUUCAUUAAAAAAAAAAUAAAGAUUUUGCCAAUAAA